AUGGCGUCGGCGGAAUCGGACCUUCUCCCUUCCUACAACACCCUCUUCCCAGAGGAUGCAGCUAACACCGUCAUCAAUGGCCGAAGACGAUACACAACCAUCACGCUCCGUGAGAUCUACUAUCCCGGAGGUUGCCCCUGUCAUCCAAAGGAGAAGAAUCACGACAAAAAGGGCAAACAGAAGCAGCCCACACAACCACCACCAAAUCAAUUCUCAGGCUCCCUCAACGACACACGAGGGCUCUUCUCGCUCGAAUUCCCACAACAGCAGCACAUCCGGCGAUUCGAGAUCCUCAAAAGCACGGCCCUGGGACUGGUUUUCCCGCAGAACUUGAAAUUAGAAGUCAUUGACGUCGACCUCGGCAUUGCUCGUACAGGACAUUCUACCAGCCUAGAAUCUGGUCGUCCAGUCUUCGAGACAGGUAUCAUGAAAUGGUGGAAGGAGAAGUACAUGCUUCCGCCGGCGUUUGAGAUCUUCCCUUCCCACCCGAAAAGGCACCAGAAAGAUCCACUCCAAUCGAACGAAAUCAUCGGGCUUCCGCCGUCGCCGCCACCGCCACACGACAGUUUAGCCAAAUUCAACAGCAGGCCGGACCAAGAGGCGGAGAAACCCUACCCGCUCGCCCAAAUCAAGUACCCGGGCUGGCAAGGCAUCAGCCGUAUGAGCAUCGACCUGACACUCUACAACAUCACGCCGGCUAUGCACUACGACCACAACCUGCACCAGCUCGCCGACAGACUCGACCUCGACAUCCGCAGCCGCUGGGUCGUGACUCGUAUAGGCUGGAAGCGCGAGUACAUGAUGUACAACCCGGCCGGGACCCGGAUGUACAAAUGGCGGCGGAGUGCAAAUACACUUACGCUCCCCGGCGUCGAAGACGGCCAUCCGCGGGCCCACGGCAACUUGCAGCUCGAAGAGAGCGAUGGCAGAAUUGUUGCCGUGUACAAACAGCGCCGGGACUUUCGGGUGCUUGGUGCGUUGUCGCUGUUCAUGGACGUAGUGAAGGCUCCCAUGACUGUCGAGGCUGUGGUUGCAAGUUGUCUCGCUAUCGUCUUGUAUGAGAGGUUAGGAUGGCAGAAUUUAUUGGGCCAGUAA